AUGAUGCUGCCGCUGACCAGGCUGUGGCCGCUACUACGGCUCGGGGUUUCUUCCGCGGGGGCGGGGAGGCUCCGCCGGUGUCCGAGUCGGAGGAGGAGGAAGCGGAGGCCAGAGUUUCCUCGCCGAGAGAGGCCGUGGUGGGAAGCCGGUGGGGCGAGGCGGAGGAGGGGAGGAGGGGGACGGGGAGAGGGUCUGGGUGAGGGGGGGAGGGAAGAGGGGACAGGGAAGCGGGGAGGGGGGGUAGGGACAAGGGGGGGUGAGGAAGAGGAGGAGUAUCUGGACCCUGUCCCCCCCCUCCCGGAGGCAGCUAGGGUGCCCGGCCCGGGGGUCGCUCCCGUAGGGGGGGGCGCCGCUGGGGCGGCGGCGGCCGCUGCUAGGGAGGGGGGAGCCAGCCGCUGUGCUGAGCCCGGCGGCGGCGGCGGCGGCGGCGGCGGCAGCGGAGGCAGCUGCCGCCUCUGUCUUCGGGCCCGCUCCGCUCCCUGGUGUGUUGAUUCUUCCCCCAGCUGCUGCCUAAUGGAGUCCAGGCGCCCGCGUCACAGGAAAUGCCUAUACUGCCCUCCUCACUCACUUCCGGUGGCAGGAGACACCCUAUUUUCCAGAACUAAGGUGCAGCAAGCAAGCUUUGGCAUAACAACAAUUGUUUGUGCCCACCCUCUGGAUGAACUCUACUGCAACAAAAUCAUAGAUCUGAAUGGUCCCUGAGCUUGGGCAAGCACCAACAGACCCAGACAUGAAGCCCUGCUGUGAAUGGAUUUUUGUCACUAGGCAACCUUGCCUCACUGUUGCUUUUGUGCCUCACCACUGUUGCUACACUACACUGUUUGAUUCUUUGUCUAGCCACAAAUAUACAUAUACAUAUGCAUGUAUGUAUGUAUGUAUUUAUGUAUAUGUGUAUAUCAAGUUUAGCCUUACUGCCUUGGGUCUCCUCCUAGAGGAGAUCCUGAAACAUGUGUCUAGUUUUCCUUC